GUUUGCUUUGCGGCGUUUUGUGUUGUGCAAUUCUCCUCCCUCGUCGGGCGCGCACUGAAGCGCACCAUCAACGACCACCGCAACGCCGCGCUCGAGUGACGGCGAAGGCAAUGCGAAAGCGAAAACGUGUACAAAACACAAAGUGAUAAACCAGCGAAAAGGAAAAGCGCAAGAAAAUCGAGAAAACUUAUUCGUUCUUUGGGCGAACGUUGACGUGACGUCGAUAGGAAUCAACGGCGGGCGUACGGGCGACAGUUGACAGUACCGCGAACGUGUCGGCGGCGGUUGAAUGCGAUUUUCUGUUUUUCCAAUUUUCCGAGGGGAAUUGAACUAUUACAAUUUGUCCGGCGAGUUCCAAUAUUUCACAUGGACUGGCUGCAGUUCGCGAAACGCUAAAACCUUCGCUGGACGACUUUGUGUGUGGAAUUGUUAGAAAACGAAUUUGUUUUGCGAUUCUGUUUUUGUCCGAAUUGUUUUUAUCGACAUUUCGCGCUAUUCUGACGCGGCUGUGGGGUUUUUGUGCGUUAACGCAGCGGCUCGGUUGGGUGCCUCGCGCAGGUUGGCUCCGCUUUGUUUCUUUAUGCAAACGAGGAAUGGAAUUCAACUGAAUUACGGGGAGUGUACUGUGGAGUCGUCCAGCACACUUUGUACCUGUUUUUCUGAUUAUCUGUUGAUGUCGGUUGUGUUUUAUCAUUGAGCGCCUUUAGUCGGCCAAUCACCACAUACCGAGCAAGUGCACACGCAAUUCGAGAGCAGACAAUUGAAAAGUAAAAGUGAAAGAUAAAAACAUCAACAAAAAGCUCGGCGGGCCUCGCAACUGUGAAUCUCCCACAACAAAGCACGGCAGACACUUAGGAAACGUGUUCCGCCUUCUGGAUCGGCGCACGGCUGCAGCAAUAACGGGCGCAACAAAAGUACAGAAGCAACAAACGUGCCGCCCGCCAGUCAUUACUCUCUGUCUGUGUUGUCUCUGGGUUCGUUUGUCAUCCCGCGAUCCCUUCAACCGGGCGCCAGCAGCCUCCUAGGAUUCCCGCUUUUUAAUAUUUCGUCGGAAUUGCAGGAAAGCUCCAGUGUUGUGUGUCAUCAAUCCACGGAAUAUAGACGAGACGAGUCCCUGAAAGGUAUGUGCGCCUGGGGGUUGUUGCAGCGAUAGCGCCGUCAUCAGUUUUCCACCCCCACAGGUGGCGAGGGACGGGGACGGGCAGCCAACUACCCCGACAUUCGCAGCCCAGGGAGCGGAGCCCCAUCCCCAGCGUGUGAUUUGAAUUUGUCAUUCAGUUCCAGUCUAGCCGGGCGUUGUUUUGUGUCGGCCGUCUGAGUUUGUGUUCUGUUUGUGCUCGCCGCAUGCCUUCUCAGAAUUACCUAAAACAGACAAGUGGCCGCGGAUAGAUAAGUGACUAGGAAACAACUCUAAAUGCAAAGAGCUGUCGUUUUGAUAUUUGAUGUGAGUGCAUUUAACCGGACGACGACGAAGGCGGUGCAGAAAUCGGGAACGGGUAAAAGGCCGACGCGCAAAGUUCACCUUACAGACGGACUCGUGAGUAACCGGGGGCGGUGGUGGCAGGGUUAGAAUCCAAUUAGUAGCCAGUUAGUGUAGUCUCGCAGGGGUGAGGUGUUGAGUGAAACGGCAAUGGCGGCUGCAGCGACAGAAGCUGGCAACGAAAGUUGUCAUGGCAUGCAAAUGACCAAAGAAAGCGCCAUAGGCGCGGCGACCACACAGUCAACAACAUCCAAUACUGCGCCAAAUACCAAUCGGACGGUAAUAACGGGAAGCGAAGAAGCGGCAACAGUCGCGACGGGAGCCACUCCAUCCACCGCAAGUACAAUCUCCACCGCACCGGCUGCAGAUGGCAACAGCGGUGACGACGAUGAUGCAACCAUGCAAACUGCCAGUGUAUCGCCGGCGAUGUCGUUUGAUACUGGCGACGAUGAAUUUGUCGUUGCAUCCACCGCGGAGACCGCAACAACAGGUAGCGAUUUUGGGUCAGGGUUGACGGUUGCAGCAUCGCCCACCGCAGCCACCAAUGGUGGCAUCAUCCAACCCAGCGAUCCCGAUAUCACCGUCGCCAUGCCGCAAUGGAAGAAAGAGUUGAUUCAGCGUCGCAAAGCCAACAUCGCUCGGACUAUUGGAGCGAAUCAGCUCGGGGCAUGUUCUAUGAAAGGGACAUCAAACUCAUCUACAACAACAAUGGCUGGAGGAACUGCGCCGGGGACACUACUAUCGCCGACAUCACCUGUUCUGUCCAUAGCAAAAAAUUUCUGCAACGAUAGCAUUUCAGCAAGGGGCAAUGGAGUUGCAUCGAAUAGCGGCCAUUCGAUUGGUGUAAAUAAUGGUGUAAAUGCCAGAACACCGGACAUUAUUCAGCAUGAUGCAAGCUCGGGGGGUCAUUAUACGGCCUGUAGCCUGCAGCAACAACAUCAACAACAGCUGCCAUGCGUGGACAACAACAAUUCUAGUCAAGUGGCUGUUCCAGGCCCGAUUUUCGCUAAACCAAAGACUUCUUUUACUGGCGUUGGGACCGGCAGCGGCAGCGAGGGCAGUAAGUGCACUAAUGGUGGAAAGGCAACAACAACAGCAACAACUCGUGGCAGUGGAACUUGUUUGACAACAUCGCAACAAAACGAAUCGUCGAGGCCGACAUUCAGCGGCCGACAAAGCCAGAGCCAGAGCCAGCAGCAAUCCGAUUCCGUGGUCUCGCAAGUCUCGUCUUCGAGCUCGAUUCCGUCUCAGUUACAUUCCAGACUCGAUGUUGAGCGUUCCGCCGGGGAGUCGUCGUCGCAGUCGCUAUCGCCACCCCAACCGCAGUCGGAACCAUGUAAUUUCGCCGCGACCGGGACUCCGUCGUUUAUCAAAAAUCCAUACGUGAAUAAAUCCACCAAUAAGUUCAGCAAAUACAAGAGUUCUAGUGUGAAAUCGAGCGCGAAUGCGAAUAGUGUGCCGCCGAACGGGAUUAACAAUAGUGCGAAGAGUAGUAGCCCAAGCAGUGUUACCAGCGCCAGCACCAGUGGUAGCAGCAGAAAGAUGGUCGCCGCCCAGGAGUUGAGCGACACCAACGACACCUUCGAUGACUUCGAUCCUUCCGAGGAGCUGCAGUACGGUCCAGGAAUUGUAUCCAAACUUCGUUGCCGCUACUUGAGCUUAGCAUUGAGGCAAUCCGCCGGUAAGCAGCGGCCAGCUCUAGAUAAUCUCAGGAGGGCCACAAGUUUGAAUAACUUGCUGGACGACGAUGAUCGCGGCAGCAACAGCAGCUGCACCACGGCCACGGAUCACACAGCCUCUUCUGCACAUGUCUCGGACCGGCCUAAUUCCGAAAAUAUGGGCAAAUCGCCUGACGAGUUUGUUGCAACUUUCCAAAAGAAUCUGAAGGUAUCGGACAAGCAGCGAUCAUGGCACACGAAACGUGGGAAUGAUUCAUUGAAACGCGCCCGAUCCGUCGAGGCAUUGCUGGUUUAUGGCGACAAAGCCUGGGAGAACGACGGGUCCACCGUCACCUCGAACGGGAUUCCGGUUCAGAUGCGCUACAGCUACAUGCAACCCGUGGAGCCUGCAAAAUCAGACAUUUCCUCGAUCGGCUCGUCCACUGAAGUCACCAUCGAGGACAAGAUCAUUAGUGUUCGCGAGCGAAGCGCUCUGAACGAGAAGCCACCCAAGAAAAUAUCACCGUUUAUGGAUGAAACCGAACGCCCACCGCCUGAUGUGGUUAAGCAGACACUCAAAAUCUUCGAAGCUAGUGCGAACAGACGUGGACGCGGUCUCUCUCGGAAUAACAAUUGCAACGGCGAGGUGGCUACCAAAGUGCGUAACUACAAGUCAAUUAUCUCGCAGGAGAAGCCUCCCAUUAUCUUCCCGAAGCCACCAUUGAGCCCCAAGAAGAAUUUCCGUAAGCCUAGCACUCCGCCAGGCAGCCUGGAUAUAGUACCGGUGAAGAGGAUCAGCAACAACCAGCAGCAAACUACUGUAAAUAACAGUUUUUGCAACAAUGCUAACAACAAAAAAUCACCCACAUCUGGACAACUUGGCAGUCCAACUUCCAGCAUUUCGAAGAAAUUCGCCUCUGAAUUGGACGCAGCCCCGAUCGUUGACUCACAGCCAUCGGUCACAGCUAUUGGAACAACUGCUGAACCGAAAAUUGGUUCGCCACCCAUCCCGUCUGCUCGCACCAACAUUCCCUUUAGACACAGCUCCAAAAACGAAAGUACCCCUAUUCGGAGUAACUCAAAUGGUGACGGCAGCCAGAGCCCACAAACACCGGACAUUAUUCCGCGCAAAAUUUUCGAGUCCGGCCCGAAUUUCGGUGCUGUUGAUUCACCCGUUACACAGCUCACCAAGCAAAUAGAACGUUUGAAGAUCGAGUCACCAAUGGUUCCCCAACCGGCUCCAGAGACACCCAUGUCACCCACAGUGGGCGGUUUGUCGCCGAUCGCUAAAUUGCCGCAGAAGUCGAAACCGAGCUCAGAAUCGGAGGAAGAUGACGAUGACCUGGACGGCGAGACGCCAACCAAACGCAUUUCCAAGUCAGCACUCGAGAACAUUUCCAAAGCAGGAACAACACAACAAUUCAACUUCAGCAGUGUCAAUAAGUCGUCACAUAUUGGUAGCAAAUCGCCGUUACCAACAGCGGUAACGCCAGCCGUUAAUGGCAGUAGCAAUGCUACAACAACGGCAUCCGCUCAUCUAGCAACAAUCACGGCCGCGGCCAGUGCAAAGCAAGUUGGGGUUAUCCGACCGUUGAUUGCUGAACCAAAACAACAACAGCAACAGCAGCCAGAUAGCAGCAAGCUGAAGCAGAGUUCCCCGAAUGCAACCCCUGCAACACCCGAUUUCACCUCCCACACAGACGAAAUCGCAACCGCAAAAGCUCGUGAUAAUUUAGUCAUAUCGAAUUUAAGUCAACAACAACAGCAGCAGCAGCAACAAGUGCAACAAUCCCCGGAUAACAUAACAAACAAUCUUAGCAGUAAAACCAAUAAUAGUUUUAGUAACAAUAACAGUAAUAGUAGCAUCAAGACGAGCAUCGACGCGGACCCUGUACCGGCGCCAUCGACAGUCUUGCAACCGCCACGACCAACCCUAACGUCACGUGAAAUCGAAAAGAACUUGAUCAAUACGAAGAAGAAUGAGGAGGCCAACUUGCUGGAGGCGGCCAAUAAUAGUGAUAAUGGUGUUAAGUGGCAAUUCGCAAAGAAGAAGCCCAGAAGUGCUGGUGCAGCACAACAACAACAACAGGCAACACAGAAUACAAUGAUAUUCAAUUUUAAGGAUCGCAAGGAGGUGCCGGAUUAUAUUGAAAAUGAUGGAUUAUUAUUUAGGAGGAAGCGAGAAUUACCAAAGCCAAACGAGUCCGGUUUUGUUUUGCUCGGUGAUCUUUCAUUGGAAACAUCAACAGAUCCAGAUGAUGAAUGGACAAUGGGACCACCUUCACCUUGUGAUGUUGAAUUCGAAAAUGCCAAUAUUAUAAUUGAUGGAAAGUCUAGUAUAAGGAUUAGAUCGAGAGACGUUAGUUUAAGAGUACAAUUCGAUGAUACGCUAACAUCAACCUUCGAAUAUCCAUCGGAAUCAUCAUUUUUCGAUGAUCCACUAACUGAUAAUGCCAACAUUCCGGAUAAUAUGGGUCAUAUUGUCACUGCCAACACCACAGCAACCUCUACCACCGCCGUCGCCGCCAAUUCUGCAACCACCGAGGAAAUUAUUAAAAAUCCGGGCCAGAAACUGCUGGGAAGCAUGUCAUUAGGCUCGGCUCCCCUAGGUAGCUACAUUCCAAUGAAAGCUCAAAUCAAUACACAUUUCGAAUUAGGUGUAACCCGAAGCCCCGACACAGAUGAUGAAUUCCGCAAGCACAGCAACAAUACAAUUGCAUCGAAGACGACGACAACAACAACAAAUGGAAACUCAUCAGAUAACGAAACGACAGCGUUAUUGAAAACUACCAACGCAUCAUGUAAUUCAAAUGGUGUCGAUUACAUACUAAACGGUAGCUCUGGAUGUAAUAACGAUGAACCGGAAAGUCUUCAAUAUCUAAAGCCUGCAACUGACGAUCUUACGGUCGCUUAUAGUGAGGGAACUCAAAAGACCGAUUUAUUAUAUUAAAUUAUUAUUGCUAUUAUCAGUGCAUUGAAGAAUUGAUUAUUUCUAAUGUAAUUCGAUUAUUAUAGUUGUGUGAGUGUUGUUUUCGUUUUGAUAUUUUUCUAAUGAUUUUAGUUUGAUGAAAUCUGUAAAGAAAAUAAAAUGAUUUUUCGCCCAAAAAAAACGAAAAUUACUUUGAUCGGCACCAAUCACACUCUUGGAAAGAAAGGAGGAAAUAGACCUACAAAUUUACACCCCACACAACAAUUUUUCCAAAAGAAAAGAUUCGGAUGUAAAUUCUAGAUUUUGUUUUGUUGAAUUAUUAUUGUUUAUUGCGUCUAAUUUGUAUAUAAUUUUUCACACAGAAACACUGCUACGGAUCAGAAGAGCAUUUAUCAAUUGUGAAUUUAUGAUUCAAAGAAUUAUGGAGGAAAUCAAAAUUUGUAAUAUUUGAAAAUGUUGAAAAUGUCAUUCCAGGAACAAAAAAGAUAAAGACGAAGUCGAAGACAAAAGACAUUUAUUUAUCGUCACUUUGUAUUGAGAAGUUCACGUUCAGUCUUGUAUAUAAAACGAAAGAAACACGAAACAAGUACUUUCCUAAGUUUACUCCAUAUGAAGCCUCUUAGAAGGGGAAGGAUUUUGCUUUCAAAGUCUAGUUUGGAAUUUAUUUCGCUUCUACUAUCGAUAACUACUAUUACACUACGAUAUGAAAGGAAAUAAAACCUAUAAAUAUUAUCAUUCCUAAGUAAAAUUAUUCCAUAGAGUUAUACGUAGCAAUUAAUUAUUCUUAUGAUAAAUACUAAACAGAAACAAUGCGAUCUAGACCAUGUUUAUUUCUGCAUUUGGUUUUUUUUUUAUGAUACGAGCGAAAGAAAUUGAUAUGAAAAUAAAAUAUUAUUGUCGAAGCA